GUAAAACAGGGAAAUCAGUCAUUACAACAGGGAUGUCACAUGAGUAUAACAUCAUGCUUGUUCUCUCAGUAUUGAGUCAUCUAGCAGGCUCCAGGCCUCUCCCAUCACAAUGACCAACCAAACAGACUCUGUCAAUCCCAGCCACACUCUGUUUGACCGCUUUGUCCAGGCGCAGACGUGUAAAGAGACACAGCAGAACUUCAUCGAGCUCUGUCGCCACCUGGAGGUCGACCCCAGGGACUACAAGUACUUCUACAGUAAACUGAAGGACAAGCUCAACUACUGGAAAGCCAAAGAACUCUGGCAGAAGAUCGACAAGAGAGCCGACCAUCCGAACUAUGAACAGGGCAAGGCAUGUCACCAAAACAAGUGUUUAGUGUUGGGUGCGGGUCCCUGUGGUCUCAGGACAGCGAUCGAGUUGGUCCUACUGGGCGCUCAGGUGGUUGUGCUGGAAAAAAGAACCUCUUUCACUAGAAAUAACGUCCUGCAUCUGUGGCCCUACACCAUUAAAGACCUGCUAAACCUCGGUGCAAAGAAAUUUUAUGGAAGAUUCUGCAGCGGAUCCAUUCAUCACAUAAGUAUCCGUCAGCUGCAGUUGAUUCUGCUGAAGUUGGCCCUGAUUUUGGGGGUCGAGGUGCACACAGGCGUGACCUUUGAAGGUCUGCUUGAACCAUCAGGAUCCACAGGAUGGAGGGCAGGGGUGUCUCCUAAGUCUCACGCGGCUGCAGCUUUUCAGUUUGAUGUUUUUAUUUCCGCUGGAGGGGGAAGAUAUGUGCCAGAUGGUUUUAAGAUAAAGGAACUCAGGGGAAAGUUAGCCAUCGGUAUCACUGCAAACUUUGUAAACCGCCAUACUAAACAAGAGGCUCAGGUGCAGGAGAUCAGCGGCGUGGCCCGAAUAUACAACCAGAAAUUCUUUCAAGCACUUCAGUCUGAGAUCGGCGUUGAUCUAGAGAACAUUGUCUACUACAAAGAUGAUACCCACUAUUUUGUGAUGACUGCAAAAAAGGCGAGCUUGAUAAAGAAAGGAGUUAUAAAGCAGGACUUCUCUGAUGCCGAGCAGCUGCUCGCGUCUGCAAACAUUAACCAGGAGGCUCUGCAGGAGUACGCAUACGAUGCCGCCGACUUCUCCACAGAUCACAUGUUGCCGGACAUGGAGUUUGCGAAGAACCACGCGGGCCGCCCUGACGUGGCCAUGUUUGACUUCACCUCCAUGCACAGGGCAGAGAACGCCUCUCUGGUGAAGGAGAGGAAAGGGAAGAAACUGCUCAUCGGAUUGGUGGGAGACUCUCUAGUAGAGCCAUUUUGGCCUCUUGGCACUGGCAUUGCUCGUGGUUUCCUGGCUGCGCUUGACACGGCGUGGAUGGUCAGGAAUUGGGGAAAAGGUCUGCCACCCCUGGAGGUGAUCGCGGAGAGGGAGAGCGUGUAUCAGUUGCUCUCUCAAACCACUCCAGAGAACACCAGCAAGAACCACAUUGCCUACAGCAUCGAUCCAUCCACGCGUUACCCAAACGUCAACCUGUCCUCUAUACAACCCAGACAGGUCAAGCGUCUGUAUGAAGUAGAGGAUGAUGAGAGGAAACCGAACAAACAGAGGAAACCCAACAUAAAAAAUAAACCUAGAAAAGACUCUAUCAGACGUCUGGAGGAACUGCUGUCCUGGUGUCAGAAGAACACAGCGGGGUACGAGCACGUGAAGGUGAAAGAUCUGAGCGAGUCCUGGAGGUCUGGCCUGGCUCUCUGCGCUCUCAUCCACAACUUCAGACCUGAACUCAUUGACAUGUCUCGUCUAGAUGAAUAUAAUAUCACUGCGAACAAUAAGCUGGCCUUUGACAUCACGGAGAAAGAGUUUGGCAUCGCUCCCAUCAUGCGUGCCGCUGAUAUGACCACCUGCGGUAAAAUCGACCAGCUCUCAAUGGUGGUCUACCUCACACAGAUACGCACCGCUCUCACCGAGAAAGAUACACCAGGAGGACGCUGCAACAGCCUCUCGCCCAACAAUACCCUCUCGCUGUCCAGAACCCGCUCGGCCGUCUCCUUCCUCAACACGCUCAAGCGCAACUCCCUCCAGAGACGCAGGGACCGACUGGCAUCGGAGAAAGGACCAAGAAAGCAAAAGAUGAAGGAGAAAGAGGAGGAGAAGGAUGUGAAAGAGGAAAAAUGUGCGGCGCCGGUGGCACCGAUGUCCUCAGCAGAGACGUGUGGCAGUGAGCUCUGUUAUUUCUGCAAGAAGCAUCUGUACGUGCUGGAGAGAGGAAGCGCCGAGGGCAAGUUCUUCCAUCGCAGUUGUUUCAGCUGUUAUCACUGCGGCUCCACCCUGCGGCAGGGCGGAUACACUUUCCACUCCGACACGGGGAGAUUCUACUGUGAGGAGCACUCAGUGGCUGAGGAAGAGGAGGGUGAUGAAGGUCACCGAGGCUCACAGAAUCAUGUUGAGAAUAGUCAUAAUGAAGAGGAUGAUAAGGAAAAGACACACAAUGGUGAAACUGUAGAGAUGGCAUCCCCUCCUCCACAUGUCUCUGUGAGACGGAAGGGCUCAUAUAAGAUAUCUGUUGACCCUGACUUCGAAGAAUCGAAUGAGUGCCCUACUCCCACAGAGCAAGAUGACUAUCUGUCACCUGACCUUAAGGAAUCUCAUGAACCACACAAACCCUCAGAGCUCAAUCCAGAGAGCACAGGCAUUGAGAGCCAACAAAAUAACAGCAGCCAGUCCGUUCCAGUGCCAGCUCCGCGAAGUUCCAGAGUGCCGCUCCCAAAACCUCGCACUGUCCAUAACGUGGUGCCCGAACCCUCCAAUAUCCCAGAGGAACCUGAGGAAACUCAUCACGACCUCACGCCUCACUCCAAACCCAAGCCGUCCCUGCGCAAACUUCAGCUGAGCGAAGAGGAAAAAGCUGACCUUCUCAGCCAGGAUUCGGACUCUGAGACACCCGCCUCGUCUUCUGCUGCCUCCACCUCCUCUUCCUCCAAGCAGCAUGAAGGAGUCGAGGAGGAGGGAUACUGGAGCGGAGGCAUCGCUACAAAGAAGAGCUUGCAGAACCAGCUUAACCGUCGCUGCUUGAGAAGGAAGAGCGAACCUCCGCCCACCACCCAAUCGCAGCACGGAAAGACGCGCUCCAAGUUUUCCCCGUGGAAUCUGUCUUCACCACGGCUACAGCAGCGCUUCAGCGUCCUCCGAGUCGUACCUUCAGAACAAACUCAACCAGACCAUUAUGUAUCAGAAGAUGAUAACGAAGAAUGUGUUGACGACGACGAAGAAGAGGAUGAGGAGGAUCUUCAAGAAGCAGCACAUUUUUUGGAUUGCAAGGGGGGCGAUUAUGAGAUUUCUGAGUCAGAGAAACGGGACCUAAAGAGGAUGAAAACUCUGGAGCGGAAAGCUAAAAUGAGCGAAAUCCAGCGCUUCCACAAAGCUCAGACGAUUCAGAGACGGCUGGAAGAGAUAGAAGUGACCUUUAAAGAUCUGGAAGAGAAAGGAGUGGAGCUGGAGAGAGUUCUGAGAGGAGAGGCUGUUUCAGGUGACCCUGAAACGAUUGACCAGUGGAUUGAUCUGGUCCAGGAGAAGAACAAUCUACUCUCAGAGGAGUCUGAUCUCAUGGUGGCGUCUCGACAGCUGGAGCUGGAAGACAAACAGAGCAUGUUAGAGAUGGAGCUACGGCGAUACAUGGAAAUGGAUGAAACUGAGAAGACCCCUGAGCAGCGAGCACAGGAGGAGCGGAUCCUGCAGGAGAUGCUGGACGUGGUGGACAUGAGGGAUUCACUGGUGGCCUUCCUGGAGGAGAAGAGGUUGAAGGAAGUCAAUGACGAACUGUAGUACUGUAGGCAGCCCAGGUGCUCUGGGACUAAAACACAACACAAAUACCCACA